AUGAGCUUGGAGUUUGGAUCUGGUAGGCCAUUUGUCGUUGCUUCGAAGAUGCUAAGAGCUGCUAUCUCAAAGAUUAAGUCCCGGAUUGGCGGUGGAGGGUCAUCUUUUAUCAAUCCCGAUGAUUACAACGUCGUGAAAGAAGGUAGAGCUGAAAUUCUGUUCCCCAAGGCGGAAACGGUGUUCUAUAAUCCUGUCCAACAGUUCAACAGAGACCUUAGUGUAUGUUGCAUCAAGGCGUGGGACAACUUAUAUGGCAAUCCGGCCAGAAACGGUAAGAACGGUCGCAGGAACGGUAGGAAACGGCCGACUUGCAGCGAUGAGGAUGCCACGAGCAGCGGUAAACGCCGGAAACUGAAGAACAAUGCAGUGGAGCCGAGUGCGGCGGAAGGCGCAGCUGCUCCCUACAUGAAGAUCCUGGAGGCUCUUUCUGCAACGGGCUUGCGUGCGAUCCGCUACGCUCAUGAGAUACCUCAUGUGAAGCAGAUUGUCGCUAACGAUCUUCUCCCGGACGCUGUGGAGUCGAUCAGACGUAACGCUGAGUUUAACAAGGUGGACCACAUCGUGACGCCCAACCUAGAUGAUGCUAACGUGCUGAUGUACCGUGCUAAGGCCGAGAAUACAAAGUACCAUGUGAUAGACCUUGAUCCAUACGGGACGGUUACGCCGUUCGUGGACGCAGCCCUGCAAUCCAUUGAAGAAGACGGGCUGAUGCUGGUUACAUGCACGGAUCUCUCAGUGCUGGCCGGCAACGGGUAUCCCGAGAAGUGCUUUGCCCUCUACGGCGGCGUUAACAUGGCCUCGCACGAAUCCAGCCACGAGAGCGCCCUACGCCUGGUGCUCAACCUGCUGAAUCAAAGUGCUGCCAAAUACAGGAAGUCCGUCGAACCGUUGCUCUCGCUGAGUAUCGAUUUCUACGUACGCGUCUUCGUCAAGGUCAGAACCAGCCCCAUCGAAGUCAAGAACCUGCAAUCGAAGACCAUGAUUACCUACCAUUGCUCUCAAUGCGGUUCAUACCACAACCAGCCGCUGGGCAGGGCCACUGAGCGGGUCAGCAGCAAGCAAAAGAAGUCGGUCAAGUAUUCCGUGGCGCAAGGACCGCCGGUCGACAGCAAGUGCAAGUUCUGCAGCGGUACAUACCACCUGGCAGGGCCCAUGUACGGAGCUCCGCUUCACAACAAGGAGUUCAUUGAGGAGGUGCUGAGGAUCAACCGCGAGGAGCACACGGACGAUGUCUACGGCACCCGCAAGAGAAUCGAAGGCAUGUUGACCUUGGCCAAGAACGAGCUGUGCGAUUCACCAUUCUACUUCAGUCCCAACCACAUCUCCUCAGUGCUGAAACUGCAAGUGCCGCCACUGAAAAGGAUCGUUGCAGGGCUCGGUUCGCUCGGAUACAACUGCUCGCUGACCCACGCCCAGCCUUCCUCUCUGAAGACUGACGCACCAUGGGAGGCCAUCUGGCACGUAAUGAAGGAGAGCGAUCACGCCGGCAAGAAAGACCUCGCCAAGAUGAACCCGAACUCUACAGGGUUCAGGAUCCUGGCCAACGAGCCGCAAUGGCUGCCGGACUCGCACCGCGAGGCACUCGCAAAGCUGUCCUUCGAGCCCAACGAGCAAAGUGGACAGCUCGAAAAGCUCAGAAAGCUCAAGAUCGUCAGGUACCAGGAAAACCCAACCAAGAACUGGGGUCCCAAGGCUCGCCCGAACGCCCCAUCGAAGUAA